ACACUGUUGAUUUAAUAUCGUUUGUAUCAAGCGGACCCUUCCAUACUUAUAAAUUUAAUAAGUCCAUUUGACAUCUAAGGGAUAUCUUGUUAUGUUUGUUAUGUUACAAGAAAGCCCGUUGAGGUGUAUCAGUAGGUAUUGCUUUAGUUCUUGGUAUUAUCAUGUUUGAAUACGAUUUCUCCUUUUAAAACAGAUGAUGAGGAACGCCUUAUUUCUUAGAACUAAAAACUUCUGGGACACGACACCCCUUACCUUUUUUUCUUGUAGCACGUUUAUAUGAGUGUUCAAUUUUGCGCACGGUUUAUCUUUUUUUGCAGGAAGAUGAUACCAAGAGAAACAGCUGAAAGUAUAGUGAAGAAUUAAACAACAACAUUUUACUGGAUGACAGUGGAUGUAUACACACGGACAUUAUCUAGUUAAUUGUUUUAAGUUCUGUCAAUAUUUAUCUCAGUACCAAUCGUGAUUUUCAUAUUUGGGCGUUGUAACUAUUCUAUUUUUAAAACAGGAUAGAAACCGAGGAAAAUGGCGUCAAAAGAAAUCACGCGUUUCGAGACUUACAUACGAGGUACUGAAAAGUUGGAUGUUUUUACUAUCAAUCCACAUUCAUUCACAGCUGUUAUUCACUAUCUUCAAACGGUAUUCCGUACUCGUUCGAUAACUCAUAUUUUGGAUUCUUUGGUAAAACAGAAACAAUUUCGCCUCGCGGAGCUUCUAACAAUUUUAUAUUCUGGACACAUACAUGUUAUUACUGGAGGAUGCAAUAAAGAUUUGAAAAGGAUUGGAAAAUUGUGGCUAUCCGUAAAAACGUUUGUGGACUCUAAAAAGGACGCAUCAUUCAGUCCUUGUUACGAGAUCAUGUCUGAUGCACUUCGAAUGGAAAUGGUGAAGGCAGACGGGAAACAAGAGGCUGUAGAUAGGUUUGCAAUAUGCACUUGGUUCCAGGUCCAGCAAUACGAAAAGGACCAAUGUGAAAAAAGGAAAUCGAUCCUCAAAAACAUGGUUGCUGUAAUACCGGAUGGUCUUGACAGAACUGUGGCUGAAAUAGUGUAUUAUAGUAAAAUGGCAACGACUGCGGAAUUUGAAAAUGACAUAGAAAGUGCUAAAGACUUUGCAAGCAAAGCAAAGAACUUAAGUGAAACAUGCGAGGAUAAAACAGCAAAAAUCCUUGCACAUUAUAGUUACUUCUUUCUUCAUCGGAGGUUAUAUUUACGAGACAAAAGCGAAACUAACCGACAAAUGGUUCUGGAACAAUGUGACAUUGGAUGCGACAUGUUCCCAGUUCCCGACGAAGACGGUGACUUUGAAAUGUACUGCGCAUUGUUAUUCCUACUCUACAAAGCAGGCGACUACUUGCAUAUCACAUAUGAGUUUGAAGUUCUUGAUUCUGAUACAAUGAGCCCUUCAAAUAUAGUGGCGGCUGAGGAGGUUUUGAGAAGUGCAGAUAGGUAUAUACCUAUAUCUACUCCAAGGAAACAGCUGACGUUCAAAUUUUGCAUGGGAAGGCUAUAUCAUUUACAAUCGGAGUUUGAAAUGGCUAGUACAUACUUGAACGAAACGAAAGAACUGAUGAUAGAUGGUGUUUUAAACAAGAAGGAACAGAGGAACGUUUACAGAUAUUGUGAAAAAUUUGACGAAGAACACAGAUGGAAAAGUUGCUUAGGUCAAGACAACGAAACAGCAAAAGAAACUGCUGAGGCAUUGAUAGUAAAACAGCAUUACUGCCUGCACCAAAAUAUGUUGCAUAGAAUUUUGGAGAAGUUUGGAAGGAAGAACGAAGUUACGUUAAGAUUGUGUGAAGAUGUAUGCAAUUACAUAAAGGGCAAAAAUGACAAAAUAGUCCACGUUUUCCCAUCAUAUACAAUACAUUUCGACAGAGAAGUAGUCUUUGUGAUCUUUGUGAAAGAUUUCUUGUCUAAAAAGGAAGAGGACGAGAUAGGAUACACUAUAAAACAACGUUUGGUCGACCAGUUCAGUUCAGAAGGAAAAGACGUUAUGUCCAGUGAAACAACUUCAGACGAUGCUUUAACAUUAGACGAAACGAAAAGGUUGAAAGAUUGUAUAAAUAUGCAUGCGACAGACCUUAUGCAUCGUCACAAUUAUCUUUCGAUUAUUACAGCAAGCCCUGUACGUUCGAAGAGUUAUGGAACACGCGAAUUUAAGAUUCAGAAAGAGCCAUGCAUUGUUCUAUACGUUCAUACAAAAGGUUAUAUUCCUCUUGAUGAAGAUCCAUUCGAACGAAGAUAUGACGGUGUACCUAUGGAUGUUAGGGAGGGUAUAUUUGUAACAUACCCACAGCAAACGAAUAUCAUGAGCAGUUAA